AUGAAGGUGGCGGACGUUCUGUUGGGAAUGGGGGGGAUGGUUGUGGUGGUGACAGUGAUGCUGGACAACAUUGUAUUGGCAGAGAUGAAGCCAAAUGACUUCUUGGGGAGCAUCUCAACCAAAAUCUUUAGUGCCACCACAGGAGAAGUCAACAGAGCAUCUACCACAGUAAUGCAUGUUGGAAAUCAGACCCAGAGAAAUGAGAAUCUAACUUCUAGUACCCAAAGGGAAGUAGUCAAAGAAACUCCAAAGACCAGUAUCUCCACUCUGUCUACUCAACCACCGGAAGUGCUACCCACACCCAAGGGCGAAGUCAAACCUACCACAGAGGUGUCUACACAGCCACCAGAAUUGGUGCUACCCACAUCUUCCAUGCCUCUUAAUUCCAGUAUGUUCAAAGUACCCAAAGUAUCGAAUGAUUGGGAGCAGUUGAAACAACAGAAUCCCAAGAUUGUCAUUACUUUCCUCCAAAAUUCUGGUUUGGGUAGCCAGAUACUGAACAUGCUGGCACAAAAUAUUUACUUUGGCAGUCUCAAUCGAACCUUCAUUGUCGAUGACACCAUUUAUGGAUACAGAGGGAACGAGGAGACAGGAGUGCUGAGGGGCUUUUUCCGACCAAAAUUUCCUGUGGUCAACAAGGAUGACAAGCAAAUUGAAAUGGCCAGCGACAAAACUCCACUCUUUAUUGUGUGGUCCACCAGUGGACCAGCACGAAGAGCCUUUCGCAAACGAUUUGAAGCUGUGGGUCCUGAAGUGUACCAACGCUUUGCCGAUUGUGCCUGUGACAAUUUACAAUUCAGUGAUCAUGCACUGUCGGAAAUCAAUCAACUGAAGGAAGCGCUCAAGAUGCCAGAUCUCACAAAGUCCCAUUCGGUUGCAUUUCACAUUCGAAGAGGUGACAAACUUGAAAAGGAAGCAAAGAAAAGAUAUACAGCAUAUCACUACGUUGAUAAACUCCAGAGGAUCCCGGAUGCCGCAAAGAAACCUGUGGAACAUUGCUUUGUCGCAUCCGAUGAUUACUCAGUGGUGGGAGAACUCCAACACGCUUUGCAAUCAAAGGGAAUCCAUUGCCAGUUGCACACACUCAUACCCUCGGUCGCCAGGGGAGCUAACUUGGCAUAUGAGACCAGUGGUCACGAGGACUCAAUUCUCUUGUUGGCGGAAUUAAGCAUGAUGAUUGAUGCAACCUACUGGGUGGGUACGUGGAAUUCCAAUGCUGGCAACAUGGCUUCUGUCAUGAGAGGCUGUCGUCAUGCUGGCAAACCACACUAUAGUCAUUCGUAUGCCCUGGAUGGUAAAGACUGGUUCUUUCGAGGAAAAGCCUGUUUGGAACCGUGGAACCGGGGGUUGAUGGAAAUCAGUUGCAAUGACGACAGAUGGCAAAGUGUUGGUUAUUUCAAGCAUGGGUGUCUCCACGGAGCUCCCACAAGAGUAAUUCGCAUUGCAAGAUUCACAGAUGCUUCUCCCCUGGGCUUGGAAGACGAGAAUGGGCCCUGA